CUGUUAAGUGUUUCCCAAAACCGCACUGCUUCCCACGCACCCGAUAAAUAUAAGGACGGAAAGAUGGAAUGGAUUCAGACAUGUAUCCACUUGCUUGAAUUUCACGGCAAGAUUUGAGAUAAAUGGGUUAACAUGCCACUCCUUCUGUUUGUCAACAACUUAGAUUUGCAGACAGUGGAAAAUUCAAUCCUCUCUCACACGUGACGUGCGACUUUCCAGCCCGGCGGGAUCGCUGGCCAUAGUUUAAAAUGCAAUCCUAGCCAUCUGUCCACUCUCGCCGAAAUAUCUUGCCACUGCGAUGUAUUAUCGAACACCGGGGGGCGUGGAUAGAGGGGGAUUUCUCUACACGCCACAUACACAACCCGCAUGCGGCGAAUGAAGCGCACCGUGAACACCGCUCACACAGCCGGCCAUGUGGCAGAGUCAGCCUGCGGGGCAAAGUCGUGCCCAGGUGCCCCCGAAACACGAGAGAAAGCGGAACGGAAAACGGCAGUUGGGGUUCGCGAAAUCGGCUGUCUCCUGGACCUGGAACGAGAAGAGAUGCAGGACGAAGAGGAUCCGAUGGACUACUGCUACGGAGGGUACCACCCUGUUCAGAUAGGGGACACCUUCAACAGACGAUACCAGGUUCUAAGAAAGCUUGGCUGGGGCUACUUCUCCACGGUCUGGCAGUGUCUGGACCUCAGGUUGAGUAGGCAUGUAGCAGUAAAGGUGCUGAAGAGUGCAGCGGGCUUCACACAGGCUGCUCAGGAUGAGUUAGCACUGCUGCGCUGUGUCUGCGGGCCCAACAGAAAGCACCCACAAAGUCAGCAAGUUGUCCAGCUGCUGGACGAAUUCAAACUGGCCGGAGAGAACGGGAUUCACGUGUGCUUGGUUCUGGAGCUGCUGGGCCCGGAUCUUCACAGCUGGCAGAACUGCUUUGGGAACCCCGGUCUCCCACUUCUCUGGGUCAAGCAGGUCAUUAAACAGGUUCUACAAGGGCUGGAUUACCUGCAUAACCAGUGUAAAAUCAUACACACUGACAUCAAACCUGAAAAUAUACUGCUGUGCUUGGAGAAUCAAUCCUGCAGGCAGACAGCAGAGGGCGCAGUUCGCACACAGUUCCCAGGCAAAGAGGCACUGAACCAGGACAGUGCAGUUCCAGUAAGCAAGUCCAGGGGCAGUGGGUUGAUGUCCAGCAGCAUGGAGGGGAUCUCUGUCAAGAUAGCUGACCUAGGGAACUCCUGCUGGGUGUACAAGCACUUCUGUGACGAAAUCCAGACGCGUCAGUACCGCUCCCUGGAGGUUCUGCUGGGCUUAGAGUAUGGCCCGCCAGCGGACAUCUGGAGUGUGGCUUGCAUGGCUUUUGAGCUUGUCACUGGUGAAGCGAUGUUUGAGCCCAAGAGAGGGAAGACCUUCUCCUUGGAGGAAGACCACUUAGCUCACAUUAUCGAACUUCUGGGAAGAAUCCCCGCUUCUGUGGCCCUGUCUGGGAAAUACUCUGAUCACUACUUUAACCACAAUGGUGACCUGCGUAGGAUCAGUAUCCUGCGGCCGUGGGGUAUGUACGAGGUCUUGGUGGAGAAGUACCACUGCAGCCUAAAGGAGGCUUCCCUGUUCUCUGACUUCCUGCUACAAAUGCUGGAUUUCCUGCCAGAGAGAAGGGCAACUGCAGCCCAGUGUCUCUCUCACCCCUGGCUCAACUCUUGACAGCAGCUACUGAUGAAUAACGAUGACCUCUGACCUUCAACACCCUUUUAUACAUAUUGAUACCCUUUUAUGAAUUGGAUAUAGCCCUUUCGCGACUGGUACCGGCAAUCUGAGUGGAUUACCAGACCAGAGGAUGUAAGAAGAGAGUUUUGAAUUUAACUGAACUCAUUUUAAAUUAUGAAAAUGAAAUCAUUUUUAAUUAUUUAUAUUUAUUUAUAUGUGCCUUUUUAUAAAUGAUGCGUUCAACAUCAAUAUAAGAAAAUUUGAAUGUCUAAACUUCACAAGAUGAUGAUUACAUAAUACCAUAAACAGAAGGGUAGACAAAAAAAUAAAAAGUUUUACAUAGCAUUUACAUAUUGUUCUUUGCAAAUCUGUUUUGAUGAAAACAACUACAGUUCACUGAAUACAUUAUGAGUUUUUCAUUGUGUGUGUGUUUUUGUGUGUCUUGUGCCCAUUAAGCCUACUCUUUUAAUGGGCAUUGGAGGCUAAAUGCUGUUUUUUAAUAUAAAAUAAAAUAUUCCAAAAUCCA